AACCCAUUAAGCGUCGUCGUUUUAGCUGCCACUGAGCGCAUUCCCAUCGUUAGUUAACCCAUCGACCUCCAUUAAACCCUGUCCCACCCCUUCUCUCUCGCUGAAAAAAUGUCAUCUUCCAUACUGAGAAGAUCAUCACUUCUCUCGCAAAACCCUAGCCUCAGAAACCACUUCUUGACCUGUCUCUUCUCCUCUCUCUCUUCUCCUCCUCAGUCCCACCAUCUCUCACCUUCGAAUCAAAGACUCGAAAUUCUCGGUUCUGGGUAUCAUUUCCCGACUGCGAACGUUACUGGGUCCUCGUCGGUUUCGGUUGGAACCUCGAAAUUCCCAUCUGGGUCCCGUUCGGGUCUCGUCAAUUCGUCUUUUUUUCGCUUAUUCGGGUCUCAGCCCGCCGUUGAACCAUCCACCUCCGAUGGGCUCACGGUUGAAGGCAUUAUUUCUAACCAGUGGACGAUACUUGAUGAGAGCGAGAAUGACUGGAAGAGCCAUGCCUCUGCAAUUGCUCAGUCGAUUCAUGUAAUCAAGAGACGCUUGCAGUGGAAGAGUUUGAUAGUCAGAUUAGAGGUGCUAUCAGUACAAUUAGACAAGCCGGACCUUUGGGAUGAUCCUGUUCGCGCCGGGAAGAUAAGCCGGGAGCAUGGUUCAUUGAUGAGCAGGAUGAAAGAGGUCAAGGCCUUUGAGCAGGAAUUGCUUGAACAUAUUGACAUGAUUAAGCUUGCGCGUGAAGAGGAUGAUGCAGAUUUGCAAUCGGAAUCAGUGAAAGCUUUACUGGAGAUGAGAAGAAAUGCAAAAGAGAAAGAGCUCGAGGCAAUGUUGUCUGGAGAGCAUGAUUCCUGCUCUUGUUUUAUAGAGGUUCAAGCUGGUGCUGGAGGUACUGAGAGCAUGGAUUGGGCAUCAAUGGUCAUGAAAAUGUAUAAAAUGUGGGCUCACCGUCAUGGAUACGGAGUGACCGUAGUUGAUGAGAUGCCUGGUGAGAUAGCCGGAAUCAAGCGGGCAACAAUCAAAGUUGAUGGUGAAUAUGUGUACGGUUAUGCCAAAGCAGAAGUAGGAGUCCACCGAUUGGUUCGUUGUUCACCAUUCGAUAGUGCUAAGCGCCGACAUACUUCAUUUGCAGCAGUGGCCGUAAUACCGAUCUUGGGUGAUACAUCAACCCGUGUCCAAAUUAAUGAGUCUGAUCUCAAAAUCGAGAGAUUUCGAGCUGGGGGAGCUGGUGGCCAGCAUGUUAACACAACAGAGAGUGCGGUUAGGAUAACCCACAUUCCUACAGGAGUCACUGCCUCUUGUCAAAAUGAAAGGUCACAACAUCAAAACAAGGCUUCUGCAAUGACUGUUCUUCAAGCACGCUUAGACCAGCUUGAGAUGGCUCGCCAGGCCCAGAUGAAUGCGCAACAUACGCAAUCUCUCACCGAAAUCAGUUGGGGCAACCAAAUUCGCACUUACGUCCUCCAUCCUUACCGGAUGGUCAAAGAUCUUCGAACUAACUAUGAAGUUUCAGACCCCGAUUCAGUUCUUGAAGGUGAAAUCGAUAACUUUAUCUUGAGCUUUCUAUCAUCAGCCUUGGAUAAAGAUGAAGACUACUCUUAAGAUGGGCUUUGGGAAUCUAACGGGUGAUUUUGUGGUGCCUUUCCUUCUAAGCACGGGAGAUAUGGAUUAGUUUAGUGCCACUAUCGACAUAAUCUCUUCUUCGAUUGCAAUUUACAGCAUUUGUAUCUAUUUACCACAAGUGGGAGCUGGGAGCAUGAGGUGUUUUUUUUUUUAUUUUAUUUAUUAUUUUAAACUUCCUCAGUGAUAACCCCGUUUGUAUUUUUUGAACGCAUUUAGUAUUGGAAACUAUGCAUUUUUAUUAGUUAUUAUGGACGAGUCAAUCUACUUUGGUUUC